AGGUGGAUUUUGAUAGAAUGGUCUCUGUCGGGACUGCCUGUAUUUUAAACUUAAGUGUAACGUUCAGACAAUAAACAUAUUCACAAGUUUAUUCCAGCGAGUAACAGGCUUUACAGAGAUUGUCUUGUGAAUCUUUAUGUGUCGGUCAGCUUGGUUUGUUUGAGCAACGAGAUGAAACCGCCUCCUCGUACUCGAACAAAACCAAAUCGCCUCCUGAAGCCUGACUUGGUACCACAAUGUUCAGGUAAAGUGUCCUGCAAAUGGCAGCGAGCUGAGAAGAGGAAACUCCUGAGGGCCCUGAAAAAACUCAGCAAGACCACCGGAGGCCACGGAGACAUCGACUAUGCAUUCUUGAAGAAACAUGUGCCUACCCGGUCCAUUUCAGAGAUCCACUCUGUGAUAGAGUUUCUGAAGAACAAAGUGAUCUCUGGUGCGAGCCUCAACCUGAAAAAAACGAGGUGGGAGGACAAGAAGGUCAGAAAGCCCAUCGAGGUGUGGACACACAUGGCCUCUGCUGUGGCUGGAACCCUUGAGGAACCCAUAACCAGUGCUUUCUCUCAGAUGCUCAUUGUGUCAUCCACGGAGCCUCGCACCCUGAGGAACUGUGAUCCUCCCCAGGUCCUCAGACCACCCACGGACAAAUACAGGACUGUUGGUCGCACCAUCCCGAUGAGACCAGUGCCUUGUUUAUCAGCUCAAGGUGAGGACUCUGACACCAACACUGCACCAACACUGCUAGGCUCAGCCAAGAGACUCCCAGCACCAUCCAGAGUGGUUACAGUGCCAAAAGGUAAAAUUCCUUCACCCCAGCCUUUAACUACAGCUGGAACCUCACCUGCUGCCACCUGCUCUUCUCAAACUGCUGCCACCUCCUACCAGCCAGGUACAGCAGGAAUAACCAAGCACCCUGCCACACAGAAAGGCAUCCCAGUCACAGGAUGUGCCACACCGACUUCCAACUCUACAGCAGUGGUAAAGACUCAGAGUAUUGGCAGCUCUGUAAUCCAGCGUGCCCAGCAGCCGUCGGAACAUCCUACCACCAUCUCCACUUUAAAGUCUACUUCAUCCAGUUGUCACAUGCCCUCCUCUUCCCCUGCCACUAGUCUCACCCCACUAACCAGUCCCAAUUCAUCCUCCAUCAACUCUUCCAGUUCAGCCACUUCCAGCUGCUCCUCCACUCACCCCACGCCUCCAAUCUCCACCCCUGCCAUGGCAUGUUGCACCAGCAAAUAUGCUACAGAAGACAGUCCCAGGACCUUUGGUCUCAAGUACGUAGUGGACUUUGAGAAGAUCUAUCGCUACUUGAGUGUCAUCCACAAGCCGAAUGAAGAGUGCCAUCUUACCCCCAUGGAGAGUGCUAUCAUGCUGCACCUGGUGAUGUCUCUCCCAGAGGAGCUUUCCCUGCUGGACUGCAACAAACUGCACAAACAUCUGGUCCAGGUGUACCAAUGUCUCUCAUCCCCUGCUAACUCCAAGAAGACAAGAGAAAUGUUUAAGAACCUACAGUCACAGAGUGGUCGAGUCAGUGGCAGAACAGACAGUCAGCAGAAUGGCACUAGGACUGUGGACAGCUGUGAUGUCACAGACAGUAGAGAGAAAACACUCCAGUCAGAUGAAGCAGAGAGCCAAUCAUCAGGGAGCAGUAACACCUCUAGCCAAUCAGGGAAUGCAGACACGAUGGGACUCUACCCCCCUCUCAACCCUUUUAUGGUGCCACUGAAACUGUUGAUGCACAGAUAGAUUUCCAGUUCAAAAUCUAUAAACCAAAUUUGCAAUGGUUUCUCUGUGUCUGUGUGUGCGUGCGCUUUAGUUUUGUCUACAGAGCUUACUGGGCUGGGUUUCCAACCACUGUAUCCUCUAGAAUCUGUCAGGUACUGAAAUCUGGCAAUGAAUGUCUGGUCUGAUUCGUCAUCUUAUUUACUUAUUCUUUGAGUUCCUUCUUUAGAUUUUGGAUUUUGAUCAUUUCAGAUUGAUUUAAGUUCUAAUACUAAAUACAAGGCACUCUUAUUACAAUGACAGUGUGAAAGGAAGCAUUUUCUUUUUCAAGGUGGAGAUGUGUUGUCCAUGCCAAAGCUAAACAAAGAAAAUAAAAACCCUCACUGUCCCUUUGGCAUGUGGUUAUCAUUAAAUUAUGAGAAAAUACAUACAUAAAAACAAGAAAUUCAUAUUAGAGUUUGUUUUCUAUUUCAUUUCAUUUUAGCAUUUUAAAUCUUCCAUGUUUCAGAUUUCAAAAGGUUUUCUUGUAUGGCUUGAUAAAAUCUAUAAUAAAAUUUUGAAAAAGGUCAAAGGUCAAUAAACAAUCUUCACAUUUUUCACAGUAAGGCAUAAAAAAUAUUUAAUGAUGUAGAUUUAGCAUCACGCUUCUGUGAAAUUGUAUUGGAAUUGUAACUGAAAUUGAGUAAUUGUAACUGAAAUUGCCACACUUUCUUCUGUCUUGUCAAAGCAUACAUUACCCACAAUACAACUGACCACACACAGCAGGGUCUAAGAUUUUGGGGUGUGUAAUGUUAGUAUAGCUUAGAGCCUCUAAUCUCAAGCAAAGACAAGCUCAUAAUUUUCCACAUUUUGAUUUUUUUCAUUCUCAAAGUUGUCUUCUGUCCUCAGACUGUGACUGGCACGCUUUCUAAACCUCUACGACGACAUUAAGUGCUCAGAGCAAGUGCUCUGUGCGAAUGAAGGUGCUCUUGAGUUAUAGCAUCAUUGCCAUGACAGCCAGUUUGUAUUGACAAUAAAGUGAUAAUAGCCUGAGAUGACAUGCAGAGUUGGGAGGAAAUGUGCAAUUGCAAAGCAAUGCUAAUUGUUUUUCUUACUGCUUUACAACGUUCGUCUUCUGCUUAUGAUUGUGAUUAUCACUGAAACAUCCUAAUGACCCCCUGACCUGCAGUGUGGGUGUUCCUCAGGGCACGGUGCUUGCGCCCUUCCUCUUCACCCUCUACACUGCAGACUUCAUACACAACACAGACGGCUGUGUCAUGCUCAAGUUCUCUGACGACUCUGCUAUCGUCGGCCUGAUCAGCGAUGACGAUGAUGCAGAGUACAGAGGAAUGACGCAGGACUUUGUG